AUGGGCGAUGACAAUAAGGCGGCUACACACACCGUCUACAUCAACUGCGAAGACACGUUGCGUUACUCCUUCGCCAGCCACCUCUCCAUGGCAUUCCGCCGGAAAGGCCUUUCUUCAUUUGUAAAUUCCAAGGGGACUCAGGAUGUGAUAGAGAAAGCCAACACUUUCGUACUUGUUCUCUCCAUUAACUUUCUCUCCUCCGCCUCGUGCCUGAACAAGCUUGUGAGGGUUCUCAAGUGGCGGAUGAAAAACGGCCUCCUGGUCGUUCCUGUGUUCUAUGGCGUUAGUCCAUCAGAUGUGGUGGCGCCAGAGCACGAGUCAGCUGAUCGAAGAAGAGAAUGGAGUAACGCACUCCAAGAGCUGAUAGAAUUACCAGGCUACCAUUCCAGAGAAGAACGCAACGAUUGCCAACUUGUGGAGGAGAUUGUCGAAGAUGUAUAUGAGAAGCUCUUUCCCACGGAACAGACUGGAGUCAGCUCGAGGCUGCUGGAUAUAGAACACUUGCUUUGCAAACAACCAAGGGGUAUCCGUCGCAUAGGAAUUUGGGGUAUGCCUGGCAUAGGAAAGACAACGCUUGCGCGAGCAUUUUUUUAUCAAGUUUCUGGAGGCUAUGAAGCUUCUUGUUUCAUCAAACACUUUGACCAAGCUUUCCGUGAGAAGGGACUUCACCGUUUGUUGGCGGAACAUUUUGGAGAAAUCUUGAACAAUCGUACGAGAGCUAGUCUGCCCAGGGACAGAUUGAACAAGAAGAGAACCCUCGUCAUUCUUGAUGAUGUGCACAAUCCUUUGAUUGCUGAAUCUUUUCUCGGAGGGUUUCAUUGGUUUGGCCCGGGAAGCCUAAUCAUCAUAACCUCGAGAGAUAAACAAGUGUUCCGCCUUUGUCAGAUCAAUCAUGUUUACGAGGUUCGUAGCUUAAAUGUGAACGAGGCUCUGCAGUUAUUCUCCAAGUGUGCAUUUGAAAAAGAUACGAGGGCGCGAGAUUCCAUGGAGCUAGCGAAGAAAGUGGCUGACUAUGCUAAUGGAAACCCGUUAUUUCUCAGCCUUUACGGUAGGGAGCUUAAGGGAAAGAGUCUGUUAGAAAUGGAGAAUGCAUUCCUGGAACUCAAGCAACGCACUCCGAACAAGAUUCAUGAGUUACUAAGGACCACCUACGAGACACUUAAUGACAGCGAGAAAUGCAUUUUUCUGGACAUUGCUUGUUUCUUCAAGGGGGGAAAUGUUAACUAUGUGAUGCAGUUGCUCGAGGGAUGUGGCUUUUUUCCACAUGAUGGGAUCGAUGUUCUUGUGGAGAAGUGUCUGGUCACUAUUUCAGAAAACACAGUGAAAAUGCACAACUUAGUCCGAGCCUUUGGUCAAGAAAUAAUCAAUGGAGAAACAGCACAGAUCGAGAGGCGUCGCAGACUUUGGGAACCUAGGAACAUCAAACUUCUACUUGAGGAUGAUGAACUCGAAGGGAAUGGAGAUCCCGAAGCAACCUACACACGUCCUCUGGGCACUGAAGACAUGGAAGGCAUAUUUUUUGACAAAUCGAACUUAAUCUUUGAUGUGAAGCCUGGUGCUUUCGAGAAUAUGUUUAACCUUAGAUUCUUGAAGAUUUACAGCUCCAGUUACGAAUACCAUUAUGGAAUCCGCCUUCCUAAAGGACUCGAGUAUCUCCCUUAUGAGCUAAGACUCCUCCACUGGGAGAACUAUCCUUUGCAAUCUUUACCUCAAGAUUUUGAUUCAAGCCACCUUGUUGAACUCAAUAUGCCUUACAGUCAGCUUCAGAAACUUUGGGAAGGAACCAAGAACCUCGAGAGGCUGAAGAUGGUCAGGCUUUGUCAUUCCCAGCAGCUGACUGAAAUUGACGAUAUUUGUAAGGCUCAAAAUAUCGAGCUAAUUGAUCUCCAAGGCUGCAGAAAACUACAGAGUUUUCCAGCCACGGGACAAUUAAAACAUCUCCGAGUUGUAAACCUCUCAGGUUGCAGAGAGAUCAACAGUUUCCCAGAGGUUUCACCAAAUAUUGAGGAACUUCAUCUCCAGGGAACUAGCAUAAGAGAACUACCAAUAUCCAUUGUGACCCUCUCCCCACAAGAUAAGUUGAACCUUGAGCUUUCCAAUCUUCUAACAGAAUUCUCAGGUGUUUCAGAUGCUUUGAACCUUGAGCAAUUAACAAGUCUGGUCAAAGGCGUCUCAUCUAAUAAGCAUCUUGGCAAACUUAUUUUCCUGAAUAUGAAAUAUUGUUCUCACUUGCGUAAUCUUCCUGACAUGGUUGAUUUAGAAUCUCUUAAAGUUCUUCAUCUGUCUGGAUGCUCGAAUCUCGAGAGUAUUCAGGGUUUCCCGCGAAACCUGAAAGAGUUGUAUCUUGCUGGCACCGCCAUUAAAGAGCUGCCACAGCUUCCCCAAAGUCUUGAAGUGUUGAAUGCACAUAGCUGCGUGUUACUCAAAUCAAUUCCUUCUGGUUUCAAGCAGCUUCCUAGCUAUUACACAUUCAGUGAUUGCUCUACUCUUUCUUCACAAGCGGUCAGCGAGUUUGUAGUGAACGUUCUGUCUAAUGUAGGAUCCAUGGUAAGAGAGUAUCAGCAGAAACAGGAGAUUAACAGAUCUCUGGCUUUCAGCUUCAUGGGGCCUUCACAUGCAAAUAACAGAUGCACACUGCAACCAGGAUCUUCUGUGAUGAUACGACUGGGUCCUUCCUGGAGAAGCAUGCUCAUGGGAUUUGCUAUGUUGGUUGAAGUUGCGUUUUCGGAGGAGGCUAUUGAUUUUGGUCUUAGGUGUGUUUGCAGAUGGAAAGAUAAGGAAGGCGUCUCUCAUAGACUAGAGAAUACUUUUCGUUGUUGGACUCGUGUGGAAGAUGUUCCGAAGGUUCAAAAGGAUCAUCUGUUUGUCUUUUGUGAUCUCAGUUUGCAUCCGAGUUGUGGUGAAAGAAAGGAUCCAGAUAUAUUGGCUGAUCUUGUUGUAUUUGAGUUCUUUCCUGUCAACGAGAAGAUGCAGCUUCUAGAUGGGAGUUGUAAGGUGACGAAAUGUGGAGUCUAUGUAAUCACUGCUACAAACGAAGACACAAGCCUUAACAUGACUCAGCGAGUAUCUUCCUCGGAUCACACAAAUGAACCUGAAGAAGACUUGAUAGAUAUCUAUGAUGGCUUAGAUAAGAAAGAUAAAAAAUUGUUUGAUUACAUCUUAUGUUUGUUUAAAAACGAGGAAACUAAUGUGGUGGCAUGGCGUAUUGCUAGCACUGGUCUGGAAAUCAGCUCUGGGUUUGAGGCCUUAGCCGACAAGUCUCUCAUACAUAUAUCUCCCUACGGUAUUAUUGUACCACCUCAUUUGCUACAAAAACUUGGUAGGGGGAUCUUCCGUAUGUCAGCGUGGCCAUCCAGGCUGCUGCCUGAUAGCAGCUGUGGAAGUAGUAGCAGCAAUGUUGUAAUGAGCAAGGUUGAUAUGGAUAGCCACUGCUUGGACAAAGAAAUCUUAUGGGAGGAUUUGACUAUUGGAGAACAAAUCGGGCUAGGUUCAUGUGGAACUGUCUAUCGUGGUCUAUGGUGUGGAUCUGAUGUGGCUGUAAAGGUGUUUUCCAAACAAGAAUAUUCAGAAGAGGUCAUUACAUCUUUUAGAGAAGAGGCGUCGUUCAUGAAAAAACUUAGACAUCCAAACGUGCUGCUGUUUAUGGGAGCUGUGGCAUCACCUCAGCGUCUUUGUAUAGUGACAGAAUUUCUUCCACGUGGAAGUCUCUUUCGUUUGCUGCAGAGGAAAACGUCAAAACUGGAUUGGCCGCUACGUAUCCAAAUGGCCUCAGACAUUGCUCGUGGCAUGAAUUAUCUUCACCACUGUAGUCCACCCAUCAUUCACCGUGAUUUAAAAUCGUCAAACCUACUUGUCGAUCGAAACUGGACCGUGAAGGUUGCUGACUUUGGUCUCUCUCGCAUCAAGCAUGAGAUGUAUUUAACUACAAAGAACGGAAGGGGGACGCCACAAUGGAUGGCACCAGAAGUUCUUCGAAAUGAGGCUGCUGAUGAAAAGUCUGACGUAUACAGCUUUGGAGUAAUAGUAUGGGAGCUUUUGACCGAGAAGAUCCCUUGGGAAAAUCUAAAUGCGAUGCAGGUGAUUGGAGCUGUGGGGUUCAUGAACCAGAGGCUGGAACACCCAAAGAACGUUAACCCUUUGUGGAUUUCCAUAAUGGAAAGUUGUUGGCAUAGCGAACCGCAACGUAGACCUUCUUUCCAACAACUUAUGGAGAUACUAAGAGAACUUCAGAGAAAGUAUACUAUAGCUUCAAUCGAACAGAAUCAGAAGCCUUUUCUCUCCACAUCUCCCUCUGUUUCUCAUCGUUUCAAGUCAUUCAAUCUCUACAACAACUUCAUUUCUCAAGAACCAAUCACCGUCGCCGAAGAAUCUCCACCGCCAGAAGAAAAACCAGAGGUAGAGACAAGCCCGAGCCUUGACGAGUUUUGCAAUAAUCUGAAUCUGAACCACGUGGCUCGGUCCAAAUCUGACACUAAGCCAGCUUAUAUAAUUAUCCCACGGACACGGACACCAUUUAAGCCAUUUUCUGAUUCCAUGCCGAAGGAAAUCCGCCUCGAGACGCAAAACCUUGUUGACACAAAGACAACAUUGAAGCGGCAAACGGAUCAACAAGUGUGGAAUCCCAAAUCUGAAACAAAGCCCAAAAUCUCAGACAAGCCCACUAUGGUCUCAACACAACAACAACAACAACAACAACGGUCAUAUUAUGAACAAUAA